GGGGGCAGAGAGGGGCGGGCGCGGCGCACACGCACUACGCCGCUCCGGCGGCGGCUUGUGGGGGCGGCUUAAAUAGGGCGGGCCGGGCGCUGGCGUUGCACUGUCAGUGUGGAGGGGGCUGGUCGUCAGUGCUGUAGCUGUUAGGCCGGGCGCUGCCAGCAUAAGGAACAACUGCAACCGACCGAGAUGCAAGCACAUGAAUUGUUUAGACAUCUGCGAAUGCCAGAACUUGAUGAUUUCAGACAGUAUAUACGCACACUUCCAACCAACACUUUGAUGGGGUUUGGUGCAUUUGCAGCUCUUACAACAUACUGGUAUGCAACAAGACCCAAAGCCCUGAAACCACCAUGCGACCUAUCCAUGCAGUCUGUGGAAGUAGAGGGUGGUGAGCAUGCUCGAAGAUCAUGCCUGCUUAAUAGUGAUGAGCUAUUGACAUAUUACUAUGAUGAUGUGAGAACAGCCUAUGAAAUCUUCCAAAGAGGUUUGGAGGUGUCAAAUAAUGGUCCCUGUUUGGGUGUUAGAAAACCAGAUCAGCCAUAUGAAUGGAUCUCUUAUAAAGAGGUCUCAGAGAGAGCAGAGUAUGUGGGUUCAGCACUACUUCACAGAGGCUACAAGCCAGCUCCAGACCAGUACAUAGGAAUCUUUGCACAAAACAGACCAGAGUGGGUUCUCAUUGAACAGGGAUGCUACACCUACUCCAUGGUGGUGGUGCCACUUUAUGAUACGCUGGGAGCUGACGCAAUCAGUUAUAUUGUGAACAAAGCUGAUGUAGGACUGGUUUUCUGUGACAAAUCUGACAAGGCCAAGCUGCUGCUGGAUAAUGUGGAAAGGGGAGAAACUCCAGUCCUCAACACCAUUGUUAUCAUGGAAUCCUUUGAUAGUGAUCUCUUAGAACGUGGGAAGAAGUGUGGGGUUGAAAUUCUCAGCCUGAGAGAAUUGGAGGAGGUGGGGAGAGCUCACAGACACAAACCUGUGCCUCCAAAUCCAGAAGAUCUAGCAGUCAUCUGUUUCACCAGUGGAACUACAGGAAACCCCAAAGGAGCUAUGAUUACUCAUCAAAAUAUAGUGAGCAAUGCUUCAGCUUUUGUGAAAGCUACAGAGAGUGCAUGUGUCUUGAACCCCAGUGACACACACAUUUCCUUUUUGCCUCUUGCACACAUGUUUGAAAGACUAGUCCAGUGUGUGAUUCUCUGCCAUGGAGCUCGGAUAGGAUUCUUCCAGGGGGACAUCAGACUACUUAUGGAUGACUUAAAAACACUGCAGCCAACUGUAUUUCCUGUAGUACCAAGACUGUUGAAUCGGAUGUUUGACAAAAUUUUUGGACAAGCCAAUACUUCACUGAAAAGGUGGAUCCUGGACUUUGCUUCCAAGAGGAAAGAAGCAGAACUUAGAAGUGGCAUAAUUAGACAGAACAGUCUGUGGGAUAAACUGAUCUUCCACAAAAUACAGGCAAGUCUGGGAGGAAAAGUAAGACUAAUGAUCACUGGAGCAGCUCCUGUGUCUGCAAAUGUACUAACCUUCCUAAGAGCAGCUCUUGGUUGUCAGUUCUAUGAAGGCUAUGGACAAACUGAAUGCACAGCUGGAUGCUCUCUGACAAUACCUGGUGACUGGACAGCUGGUCAUGUUGGCGCGCCAAUGCCUUGCAGUCUCUUAAAACUUGUUGAUGUAGAAGAAAUGAAUUACUUUGCUGUCAAAGGAGAGGGUGAGGUAUGUGUGAAAGGGCCAAAUGUAUUUCAAGGCUACUUGAAGGAUCCAGAAAAAACAGCAGAAGCUCUAGACAAAGACGGUUGGCUCCACACAGGAGAUAUUGGAAAAUGGCUACCAAAUGGUACUUUAAAGAUCAUUGACCGGAAAAAGCAUAUAUUCAAACUUGCGCAGGGAGAGUACAUAGCACCAGAGAAAAUAGAAAAUGUGUAUAUGAGAAGUGAACCUGUUGCUCAGGUGUUUGUCUAUGGAGAAAGCUUGCAGGCCUUCUUAAUAGCUAUUGUCGUACCAGAUGCAGAGACUUUGUCUAGCUGGGCCAAGAAAAAGGGAUUUGAAGGUUCAUAUGAAGAACUAUGCAAAAACAAGGACCUCAAAAAAUAUAUUCUAGAAGAUAUGUUGAAGGUUGGGAAAGAAUCUGGCUUGAAGUCAUUUGAGCAGGUCAAAGGCAUUGCCCUGAGCAUGGAGAUGUUUUCUAUUGAAAAUGGCUUGUUGACACCAACACUGAAGGCAAAGAGACGAGAACUACAAAAAUUCUUCAAGUCCCAGAUAGAUGAACUCUAUACUAAUAUCAGGAUGUAACUGAGGGGAAAAAUGGGUUGAAGAGAAUGGCAAACAUCCAGACUACUGUUGGCCUUCAUAUUUGUAUUGACUACAGCAAACAUAGGGAAGGAAACUGUGCAAUCAUUAACUUGUACAAAAAUGGGUACCUGCCAUAGGAAUAUUGAAGAAAAUGGAACAUUGCCUUACUAUCCAGUUAUGUUGCAGACCAUUUUUAUGGUGACCUACAAUUUCCAGAAUUAGCCUUAAACUGUAAAUGUAACUAUGUGAUUAAGUUAUUUAAACUUCCUCAGCCAAAAAUGUGACCUUUUUUGUUAACCAGGGAGUUAACAUGUUGCCAGCAUGUUCCUGUCUGCAGGAUACUCUGCAACUGUCCACUCCAAAGAAUUUAGCAUAUUGGAGAGGUCUCCGUAUUGUACUGCAGGGGAAAUAGUUAAUCAUCAAAUAAAAAGCUAUAGCUGGUAACACUGCUUCUUGCAUUAGCCCUAAAAUCGGGUAAGACAGUGCCCCACUGAAGAGAACUCCCUUCAGCAUGCCCCAUUGAAGAGAACUCAGAAGCUUACUCCUGUGUAAGCUAGAAGUUGAAUACCAAUCAAAGGAAUAUACCCCUGUGCAGGAGGUGAAUGAUGCAAUAUUGGCUCUCUAAAUUAGUCUGUUUAAUUCUUCUGCAUUAGGAAGGUGGAUGCAACUAUUUCAUCAAUGUAGCAAAAACUAUUUAACACAAGCUUCAGACAUAGUUGUGUAAAUGGAUCCAAACUCUGGAACAAGACUGGAUUUUAGAGAAUGAAACCAUUCAAGAGGUUGACUGUGCUAAUUGCCAGGUAAACUUACACCUUGCACUAGCCAUGUGACUCCUGCAAUGGGCCCAUACUGUACUUAAUCUGCUUUGUUUCAUUAACAUGCCAGGUGCUCUAAACACAGAAUAGCUUCUGUCGUUCCCUCAGCUGUCUGAUUUAAUGUAUGAGCAAUUGAGUACCUUGAUUGAAAUGGGUGGGAGCAGAAAGCAGGAUUUUUUUUUUCCUGUCCAACACUUCGAAGCACAUGGAAGUAUUCAGACAAGUCAGUAGAGGAGAGAGAGAGAGAGAGAGCCACUUCCCCUGAACAAAUUCCCACAUAUAGUAUAAAAAUACACAAAUUAAAAUCUUAGUCCACCAUUCACUUGGAAAAUUGGCAGAAUUAAGCCUUGUUACAGAUAAAUAUUGACCACUAGCAUUCAUUACUGUUUUUAAAUAUGGAUAUAUGUAAAAUACAAGCACAAGGUUUGCACUAAGAUUUGUGUGAUUGUAAUGCAUUAUUUAGUAUAACUUCAUACAUGUGUACCCUAACUGCACACAUCCAAAUCAAUGCUCUUAGAAUAUCAAGUAACUUGUUACAUGGGAGUUCAAAUGUUUGCUUAGUGUUGGCUAUUUCUAUGUUUUAUAAACCAAAACAAUUUCCAAAACCAAUGAAGGAAACCAAAAUAAAUAUUUCUGCAUUUCA